AUGUCAAGUGCCCCCGAGUUCUUCUCCAUUGGCCCUGGGGGAGAGGCUUCCGUCGGCAGCUUGUGGGAAAGGUCGUCCAACAAGCCGGUUGCUUCGAUAUUCGUACACGCAGGAGCAGGAUACCAUAGUGUAUUGAAUGAGGGUGUACACCUUCAAGCGUGUACUGAUGCUGCCCGCAUUGGCAUGAGUUUCCUCAGGGCUGGCGCAACUGCUCCCGAGGCCGUCGAGGCCGCCAUUAGAUGUCUAGAAGACAAUGGGAUUACAAAUGCUGGUUUCGGAAGCAACUUGAACAUCGAUGGUGUGGUUGAGUGUGAUGCCACGAUUGUCGACCAUCUCGGAAGAAGCGGUGCCUGUGGUGCUGUUGGGGGUGUCAAAAACCCUAUCACGCUGGCCAAGAAGAUCCUCGACACGAGCAGUCUGCCACUAUCACUCCGCAGAGUCCCGCCCAACAUCCUUAUAGGCUCAGGAGCCAAGGACUUCGCGGAGGAGCACGCAUUAAAAACCGUCCAGAACGAGUAUCUAGUCUCGAGAAAUGCAAAAGACCGUUAUCUCAGCUGGAUCGAGGACCUGAGGAGGGCUGAGGGGAAGAAGUCUCGUCCAGGAUACAGGAAAUACUGGAACGGUUGGAGGACACCAUCGCUAGGUGCCUAUGGAAAGGUUGCGAGGCCGGUCGGUGAUGUACAGGCUCGAGAUCAUACCGCGGCCAUUCUCACCGGCAUUUGGAAUGAAGGUCAACCCGACUCCCCGGAUGCUGGUCGUUUCCAAGCCGGCCGCCACGAACUACCCGCAGCCACAAUCGUUUCGACCUCGGCCCUUCUUGAUCCAAUGGGCGCAUCGAGGGAAGCGCCGGGCAAGCCAAAAUUCCCCGACCCUUGUCCCUUAAAUCUCCUGGGUUCGUCCAUUCAGCCAUAUAGGGGUCCGUCGACGCCGAUGGAGUCGAGGGUAUGUGCAGGACUGGGAGCCGACCCGCCAUAUUUCGCGUCGUCACAUGCCCCAGCAUCCGCUUCGGUCAACGAUGGGUCUAUAAGCUAUGAAGACACCGAGGUGGACAUGGUAGAUGAUUUCGACUACUAUGAGACUUAUGGAUUCGACUCCUCGUGUGACAAGAACAACACGACCCGACCUGCGGAACCCCCGGCGGGAAUGGACGAGGCUGUAGAUACUGUGACGGAUACGGUUGGGGUAAUUGCAAUCGACUCACUGGGACGGAUUGCAGCAGGAUCCUCAUCGGGAGGCAUCGGAAUGAAGCACAAAGGCCGCACUGGCCCUGCCGCUCUAGUCGGUGUCGGGAGUGCUGUCGUUCCGGAGGACCCAGAUGACGACCUGGCGACAUCAGUGGCCGCGGUUACCAGCGGCACCGGCGAACAUAUGGCAACUUGCCUCGCUUCAAGCAAAUGCGCUGAACGCCUCUUUCAAGGUACGCGCCGUGGGCCUGGCGGACGGGACAUUGUCGAGGAGGACGAGCAUACCAUCAUGGAAUCUUUCGUCGUCGAUGACUUCAUGAAUCACCCCGGGAUCAGGAGCCAGCCUACAGCCGCGGCUAUCGGGGUAAUGGCUGUCAAGAAAGACCGUACCGGGGUAUACUUCUACUUCGCCCACAAUACGGAUUCUUUUGCACUAGCUUCCAUGUCGUCGACGGAACGCGAGCCACUCUGUGUCAUGUCGCGCCUCGGCAAGACAGGGCAUGUUGCGCUGGGCGGGCGGAAGAUUCGGCUGGACUGA